CCUAAAUCCCCCCCUCCAGCCCAAUUGAAUCCUCCCGUCGCCAGUCGUCCUCCCGCUCCAGUCCAGUCCAGAGUUCGUUCAGUCGUCCAUCGCCUCAGACAGACCACCACCACCACGGCACCGCUUUGGUUGUGUCUCCAGCCGCCUGAGGUGCGGGAUAACUGAAGUCAAGCGCGCAAUAAACCUGCAGUGUCAACUACUGUAACUGCCUGUACCGACCGUACCUUGCGCAUUCGUUCGAGUACUGUCUGGUGUCUUGUCUUGGCCGCCGCCGCCAACCUGGAACCCUACAGUCACGCUCUGCCGACAUAUUCAUACAAGGUCCAGGACCUCAGGGCGUCCACCAUUCAGAAGCACGCAACCCCAAACGAGGUACCUGUCGUGCUUGGCAUUACGGAGCCGACGACGACGGUCCCCAGGGCCUGCCAGUCCGCCCACCACCCGGACUAUAACCACCUAUAUAUGUAUCACCAAGCACCCUGUUAGCUACACCCACCGGCUGUCUCGACGAGGUGGAGUUGGUUUUCCUGGUCUGUUUUGUCAUCAUCCUCAAUCCAGUCCUGUCUUCCACACCCAAAGGCGAUCCGAUUCUUCUUGCAUUCUACCGCACCAACUGAAGUGUAUUUGUCGGGAAACCCAAUCGCCCCGCUACAUAACGCAUAUCCCGUUCAACACCAGCUGCAUCGGCAACACCGAUCCAAUUCCAACAACGCCUCUUUCUUGGCCAAACACUUGUCAUUGUACCGCGCGCCUGUCUGGUCCAGGGCUGAGACCUUCGAUUCGCGAAACGUCACAUUGGAUUUAUACGGCUUGUCUUUCCGCAUUACAGCCGCAUCUGCAGUUGCCUUGCAUUCUCUUGCCUUGCCUUGGCUCGAGCUGGCUCGUAUUUAACGGUGGCAACGACACGGCUACAUCGCCUCGUACUCCAGCUUCCCGGUUGUGGCAUCAGCAGUCCCUGUGCAUAGUUGCGCGUAUCCUCUGCCAUUUGCCAUGGCAGCACGGGCAGUACCAAUGCAGACGCAGCCCCGUUAUACCAGCGCCGCGAGGGAUUUUGACGAUGGGCCCCUUCCUUCUAUAUCAAGCCGCGAUGGUGGCUUUCGGGAGCACUUUGCGAGUCGUCCCUUUGGCAUCCCACUAAACGAUAAUCUCUCACCUUCGACCGCUUCGACCCCUAUGGCGAUCCACGGCUCAGAAGGGAACGGGAUCAAUGCGCCUCCUCCGCUACCUCCUCCACGACUUGCCCCUGUCGAUGGUCCCGUCGAUCCGAAUGUACAGCACUACAGAGACUCCGACUUCAUGCGCAAUGACGGUCCCAACAGUCUUGAGAGCGAAUCAUUCAAAUUUGAACGGCGAGCGCUUCCGAACAAACACGAAAACCCCCAUGACGAGGGCUAUCAGAGUUUUGAUAGUGUCAGAUCAUCGCAGUUAUCGUCUUCCUUCGGCCUCCACGCCAUGAAAGGGUUUCGUCCCAGUACCGCGGCGAUCGACCAGACCAUGUUGAACAGGUUAAACAAAAGCGGCGGACUCAGUAACUCCUUGAACGACGUACAUAGCUCUCGCCCCAGCCACGCCAGUCUGCCACAGCUUUCCCUCCCACACCGGUCAAAGCCAGGGCUUUUCACAUCGGGGUUUGCCUCCUCGCCCACUACGGCAUCUCCGCUUCCCAGCCCGUUUUCUCAAACAGGACAACCAAGCCCAGCUAUUGUCGGGUUUCGCCCUACUGACGGGUUCGACAACAGCGGUUUCAACCGUGCGCCGCCACUGAGGGCGCGCAGGACAAAGAGCACGUUGAUGCUGGAUGACGGCUUUCUGAAUACCGAAGACGACGAGGACAAUGACUUUCCAAUGGAGGAGACGACACGCAUGCGGACUCUGAAGAUCGAAGAUCCGUGGAGGGAAAGGCAGAGGGAAAACGAAAGAGAAACAGAGAGCGGGUCUUGGCAGCGAGGACACAAGAGUGGGCCAUCACACUAUUCGCCAUCGCAGCUGUACCAUGCGGGGAGAGACAUGGGCGGAGACAGAAGCUACUAUCAAUCCGGUCAGAAGCGGCCGGCCUCGCCCACGCCAAUUGAUAGAUGUAGUGACACGUCAGGCCUGAACAGGGGAUCGCCUACCCCGAGGCUGACUGUCGUUUCACAAGGGUCUGUCUCUAGCUUGUCGGCUGCUAGUCGCAGCGGAAGUUAUAUUGGCAAUCUGACUGCUAGCAGCAUAGCAAGUAACAGUUCGCUUGGCCGUUUGUCUCCCAACGGUGUAUCUCCUGGCGGGGUGUCGCCGACAGACGUGAUGGGUAAUGGGAGCCCGUAUGCCACACCCAUCAGCCUCACCGCUUCACCAAGAUCGUCGAUCAGCCGGACAGGUGCGGCACAGUCGCCGCAUCCUAGGAUUUCGGGUGACUAUACGCAAAGAUCGGUUGACCAGUCCAAUAGGACGCUUGGGAUUUCGAGGAAACUUGCCGAGAUUCCGAAAAAUGCUAGCAAUAUCGUAGCGGCUAAGCUCAAGGGCCCAUACAUGUGCGAAUGCUGCCCGAAAAAGCCCAAGAAGUUCGACACGGAAGAGGACUUGAAGCUACACGAAGCAGAGAAACAGUACGGAUGCUCGUUUUGCGGGAACCGGUUCAAGAACAAGAACGAGGCGGAACGCCAUCAGAACUCCCUGCACGUCCGUCGUCAUAGCUGGUCAUGCUCAGCACUUCAGACAUACGAUCGUGCAUUCCACGACAGUAGCACGAGGCCAGGCGAGGCUGAUACGUGUGGUUAUUGUGGUGAGGAAUUUGCCCGUACUGGACGUAAUGCUGCAGGCAUCUUUGCUAGUGAGCAAGAUUGGGAGGACCGUAUCCGGCAUCUACAGGACGUGCACAAGUUCCGCGAGUGCAAUGCCAGCAAGAAGUUCUUCCGCGCAGACCACUUCCGGCAACACCUCAAACACAGUCAUGCCGGUACGAGUGGGAAAUGGACCAAUAUGCUUGAAAACGCUUGCAUGAUGGACGAAGGACCAGCAGUCCCUCGUUGAAGCGGGAAAGCAAUAUGUGGUGAUUUUGGAUACAACGAAGCAACUGGGCCUUGCUAUUUGGAGAGGCAACGGUUGGGGGUGAUGGAUGGUAUCAUUUAUGGCUGUGACAUGUUGGUCAGGUCAGAUAUCGACAUGCAGAGCGGUAUGAGUUCAAAGAUCAUGCGGCACAAGGGGCCGUGGAGGGAAAGGACGUCAUCUAAUUGGAGCAUUUACGGGAUUGAGGAUUUUUAUCGGAGUUUGGGUGUGAAAUUUUCAGCUGUAGGGUUGCGGCGUUGCGUGCGGGACAUAUCUCUGAAGGCGCAGGCAAAAGUUGACACAUCGUCUUUGGUGUGGUCAUGGUCAGGAGCAGCAACCGAUGUACUUUUAUGGGAGAGUUGAUAGCGGCAGCGGCUGAAUAGUAGCAGUCGGAGAGCAGACUUGUAGUAGCGAAAUGUGAUAAUGUCAAUAUGAGUGAUUUGGAGGAAG